GAGUUGUAGUGGCAGGCUCACAGGCGUACUACAGUUGCUCGCCACCUCAACCAUGGCUUUAAUAAUGAGGGUACUUCAAUUGUCUCUACUCCUUGAUGUUGGGUGUCAAGUGUAUGCUUACAGGAUCGGAUAUGCUGAGCCGGAGAUGCCUACGUAUGGGCUGCAGCAGCCUCCUAGCUACAAGCCAGAGCAACCUCCUAGCUACAAGCCAGAGCAACCUCCUAGCUACAAGCCAGAGCAACCUCCUAGCUACAAGCCAGAGCAACCUCCUAGCUACAAGCCAGAGCAACCUCCUAGCUACAAGCCAGAGCAACCUCCUAGCUACAAGCCCCACCCCCAGCAGCAGCAUCCUAGCGACAAGCCCCAGCAGCAGCAUCCUAGCUACAAGCCGCAGCCCCAGCAGCAGCAACAUCCUAGCUACAAGCCCCAGCAGCAGCAACAUCCUAGCUACAAGCCCCAGCAGCAGCAACAUCCUAGCUACAAGCCCCAGCAGCAGCAACAUCCUAGCUACAAGCCCCAGCAGCAGCAGCAUCCUAGCUACAAGCCCCAGCAGCAGCAACUUCCUAGCUACAAUCCCCAGCAGCAACAUACUAGCUACAAGCCCCAGCAGCAGCAACAGCCUAGCUACAAGCCCCAGCAGCAGCAGCAGCCCCAGCAGCCUUCUAGCUACAAGCCCCAGCAGCCUUCUAUCUACAAGCCCCAGCAGCCUUCUAGCUACAAGCCACAGGAGCCUAGCUACGACCAGCAGCAUCCUAGCUACAAGCCGCAGCAGCAGCAGCAGGAGCAGCAGCAGCAUCCUAGCGACAAGCCCCAGCAGCAGCAUCCUAGCGACAAGCCCCAGCAGCAGCCUAGCUACAAGCCCCAGCAGCAGCAGCCAAGCUACAAGCCCCAGCAGCAGCAGCAGCAACAUCCUAGCUACAAGCCCCAGCAGCAGCAACAUCCUAGCUACCAGCAGCAGCAGCAGCAGCAGCAGCAGCAGCCUUCUAGCUACAAGCCACAGGAGCCUAGCUACGACCAGCAACAGCCGCAGCCGCAGCAGCAGCAGCAUCCUAUCGACAAGCCCCAGCAGCAGCAGCAGCAGCAUCCAAGCUACAAUCCCCAGCAGCAACAUCCUAGCUACAAGCCCCAGCAGCAGCAACAGCCUAGCUACAAGCCCCAGCAGCAGCAGCAGCCCCAGCAGCCUUCUAGCUACAAGCCCCAGCAGCCUUCUAUCUACAAGCCCCAGCAGCCUUCUAGCUACAAGCCACAGGAGCCUAGCUACGACCAGCAGCAUCCUAGCUACAAGCCCCAGCAGCCGCAGCAGCAGCAGCAGGAGCAGCAGCAGCCUAGCGACAAGCCCCAGCAGCAGCAGCCUAGCGACAAGCCCCAGCAGCAGCAGCCUAGCUACAAGCCCCAGCAGCAGCAGCAGCAACAUCCUAGCUACAAGCCCCAGCAGCAGCAGCAGCAACAUCCUAGCUACAAGCCCCAGCAGCAGCAGCAACAUCCUAGCUACAAUCCCCAGCCCCAGCAGCAGCAACAUCCUAGCUACAAGCCCCAGCAGCAACAUCCUAGCUACAAGCCCCAGCAGGAGCAACAUCCUAGCUACAAGCCUCAGCAGCAGCAGCAGCAGCAGCAACAUCCUAGCUACAAGCCCCAUCAGCAGCAGCAACAUCCUAGCUACAAGCCCCAGCAGCAGCAACAUCCUAGCUACAAGCCCCAGAAGCCUUCUAGCUACAAGCCACAGGAGCCUAGCUACGACCAGCACCAGCAACAGCCCCAGCAGCAGCAUCCUAGCGACAAACCCCAGCAGCAACAUCCUAGCUACAAGCCCCAGCAGCAACAUCCCAUUUACAAGCCCCAGCAGCCUUCUAGCUACAAGCCACAGGAGCCUAGCUACGACCAGCAACAGCCGCAGCAUCCUAGCGACAAGCCCCAGCAGCAGCAGCAGCGGCAUCCUAGCGACAAGCCCCAGCAGCAGCAGCAUCCUAGUGACAAGCCCCAGCAGCAGCAACAUCCCAGCUACAAGCCCCAGCAGCAGCAACAUCCCAGCCACAAGCCCCAGCAGCAGCAACAUCCCAGCUACAAGCCCCAGCAGCAGCAGCAACAUCCCAGCUACAAGCCGCAGCAGCAGCAACAUCCCAUUUACAAGCCCCAGCAGCAGCAGCAACAUCCCACUUACAAGCCCCAGCCCCAGCAGCAGCAGCAACAUCCUAGCUACAAGCCCCAGCAGCAGCAGCAACAUCCCAUUUACAAGCCCCAGCAGCAGCAGCAGCAACAUCCCACUUACAAGCCCCAGCCCCAGCAGCAGCAGCAACAUCCUAGCUACAAGCCCCAGCAGCAGCAGCAACAACAUUCCAUUUACAAGCCCCAGCAGCAGCAACAUCCCAUUUAUAAGCCCCAGCAGCCUAGCUACAAGCCCCAGCAGCAGCAGCAGCAACAUCCUAGCUACAAGCAGUAACUCAGAAGUUUGCAUUCUGUACCUUUGCUUCAUUGAAAAUUCCAUCAAAUCCUUCAAUGAUUUAAAGUUCUCAAUUGUGUUCCUGCCAUGACAUGGUUCUACUGUCCAAAUUUGACAAAAGAAUAAAAAUAUCACUUUU